AUGAUUGCGAAUCUUGUGAAUGAUCUGGUGGUACUGUGUCCAAACCGGGAAAAGGGUUGCACUACUUCAUGUGCAAGGUGGCUUGUUGAGUCUCAUGUUAGAGAAGAUUGCGAGUAUGCAACAGUAAAAUGUGCCAAAGAAGGGUGUGAUGGUAUGGUAGAAAGAAGAGAGGCCGAAGGAGAUUGUGUACAUGAGGAAGUAGAAUGCGCAUUUUGCCAAGGGCCAAUUAGGAAACUGGAUAUUGAGGUGCAUUACAAAGAGUGUCCCAAGCUAUCUUCGGACUGUCGUCAUUGCUCACAGUCCUUUCCUAAUCCUGAGUUAGCAGACCAUAAAUUAAUCUGUCCCGAGGAGGUUAUAGACUGUGCAGCGUCACAUUUUGGGUGCUCAUAUUCGUCUCGUCGAUCUGAACUAGAUGAUCAUUUAUCGCACUGUCACUUUGUAGCCCUAACACCAAUUCUACAGCUACACACUGAAAGAAUAGAGACGCUGGAACUAGAGAAUAAGGCAGUCCGCCAGAAACUCGACCUGCUAGUACCACCUCGGCCAUUACCAACUCAGAUGUCUGGUACAAAUUCAUCCACUACCAACGACUAUAACUCUGCAGGACGCGAUAUGACAUCAGAAAUGCAGGAUUAUACAUACCACCUUUACUCCGAGUAUGAACAACUUCGAUCAGACGUCGAAAGACUCAAUGCGCAAAUUAGAGAAUUGGAUGUUAAACAAGAUAUGGCACGGUUCAACGAGGGCCUUAGAUACAACGAUGAAAUGGCAGGUGUAAGAGCAGCGAUUAAUGGGCUUAGGAUGCAACUGCAUUGGCUAGUAGCAAGCCGCAGAGAGACUGGAACGGGUGGGGCUGGAUCUGCGGCUGGGCCCAGGAGCAUUGGGGGCAGUAGCGUCGGCGGGGAUGGUAGAAGAAUGAGUGUAGACUCCGCUAGACAAGUUGUGAAAUUAUGA